AUGGCUCCUUGUCGCACCUCAGGAGCUUCCAAAGCCAAGCCCACUCGUAUCAGGUCCUCGCGAGCGAGCAAGAAGAAACAACGCCAGCGCAAGUCUCGUAAAGAACGCGCCGAGGCCAAACGCUGCAUGUAUCAAGAGCGAGGGAACCAGGUGCUUCGUGACUAUGUCCGCCUCCCCAACGGCCUGAAACUUGAGCUACCUGAGGAAGAAGAUCUUGUCGGCAUAUCGAGAGUUCCCAAUAAAAGACAUUACUCGAAGAUUCAAGAAAAGCGGGAAGAAUUGGGCGAAAAUGAGGAACGAGAAGUGACGGAAUCACUCAAAGCUGAUAAGCCUCACAUCCCUGACCCUUAUGACGACAACCUCCAACGGCCUUAUUGGAAGACACGACGAAACGCUGAGCAGGAACAAGAUGAGGAACAAGAAGAAAACCGGGGGCAGGAAAGGGAUCAUGAGCCAUGCAGGCCUGCAAAGCGGGCUCGCAAAGCGCCUCCUCCAGAACACGUUAUACAGAAGACACCACCUACUUUCAUGGGCAUCCCGAGAGAGAUUCGCAUGCAGAUUUAUCGCCACCUACUCACUGCCGCAAAGCCAAUCCCCGUCCACGGAGGCUGGAAACAAGUCUACUGGACAAAAGAUCUGCAGAUAUCGGCGAAAAUCCUCAGCGUGUCUCGAAUCGUGCACGAAGAGGCGAGCGUGGUGCUCUACGGAGCAAAUACUUUCUUGUACCGUCUCCGCGACGCAAAUUUCAACGGGGUGUAUAUUGACAGCCUGGCGAUGGACGACGAAGCGGGCAGGAAUGGCGAAGACGAUGGCGAGUCCGAGUACGAGGAUGAUCUUGAGCAGGACGACGAAGAUGAUGACGAUGGCCCCGUUGUCGCCGACAGGGAGCGCAGCAUCAACAUCGAAAGAUACGCGCAUCUAUUCCGCCACAUCACCAUCGAGGCCGAAGCAAACCGCUAUUCAGCGAUUACUCAAGACAGCAUGGUCGCCGCGAUGGAUGUAUUCCGCAAGCCGCUUCCCGGCCAACCCGCCUCGUCAUCCCGCAGCAUCCACACCCUAACCGUGUGCAUCAUGCCGCUCUUCCAUCAGCAGCAAGACGGAUCCUCGCAGAGCCGCUUCACCUUUGUCGACUUCUUCCAGGCCAACAGCCCCGUGAUCCAGGCCAUCAAAGCCGUCGACUGCCAAGUCCUGCACGUCGACAUCCUCACCCGCCACGCGAGCAGGCGGUCCGCGCACGUCACCGUCAAGGGCAGCGGCUCGUGCCGCCUCACCAUCAACAGACGCCACGAACAGGCCAUGGAUUUCUUCAAGGGACAGAUGGCCGGCGACAAGGCGGUGCGGAGGCGCACGGCGGAGAUGGCCAAGAGGAGUGUCGAGGCGAUUGAUACGCUGGCGAAGCACAUUGAGGAGCAGUGCGACCGGAGGCACUUUGAUCAGGCCACGACGAUGGAUAUGGAUGUCGACUCGCUUGAUUACUGGCUGGACCUUGAUGGACUUGAUGAUCAAGAUGAUGAUGAUGAUGGUGUUUGA